ACCAGCUCCUCCCUCACCGACCACUACAUCCCGCUCUCGACCCACAUCGUCUGGCACAUUGGCGACAUAAACUCUUAUGUCUUCGAACAUUCCUACGCGGCGUGUGACGCGCACAACCACCCGCGCGACCACCGCGAAAGACAACGAAAAUGCCAAUGCACGCAACGCCAGACCUGUUACUCGCGCGAAACCCCCUUCUAAAACCGCUCCCGCCACGUCUGUGACGACCCGCGCAGCAGGAGCUUCUGCGCAACCCAAGGCCAAGGCGACUGCUGCAGCGGAAGGCAGCGCGCAGGGCAAGCGUAAACGUGCGGCAUUGGGAGAGGUGACCGCGCCCCCGAAUCGAACCAAAGAGAAUCCAUCGCGUGCUUCGAAGCCACCGAGCAAGCAACAAACGGCGGGAGCAGCGAAAGGCAAGGAGAAGGUAGAGAAUGCUACCGAGUUGAAGGCUAAGACUACGACGAGGGCUGGCUCUGUUUCCAAAGCCACCGGCUCCAAGGCUGGAGCUACGAAGCCCCCAUCCACUGGGACACGCGCGCCCCUUGGGACCGUCGGUGGUACUGCUACGGGCAACCACCGGCGCACUAGGAGCACGACCCUGCAGCGCUUGGAGGAAGUCGAGGAAGUUGUGGAGGAAGAACCUAUGGCCAUCGACCAUCCUGUCGAGCCACGUCGCGCCUCUGGCCGUACGACUGUCAAGACGGAAGUCACAGUCGUUGAGACUUCCACCCAUGCCACCGGGGCGCGUCGUGCUUCUGACAAGCACGUAGAGAAGAAGACGUCCACGCGCUCGAUCAAGUCUGUUGCUCCCAAGCCUGAGGAAGAGGAGGACGAGGAGGAUGCUCAUCGCGCGCACAAGAAACGGCGCACCUCCCCUGACCCUGGAGACGGUGACCGCGAGACCUAUGAGGUCGAGACGCGGGAGCAGACCACAGCAGACCUCGCUCAGGCGUUCGCUGAGCAACUCGAGCGUGCCUCCAUGAGCAUGGAGAAGGAGGCCGACCCGAACGGCGACGAGUGGACCGACCUUGAUGCGGAGGACGCGGAUGACCCACUGAUGGUCAGCGAGUACGUCGUCGAGAUCUUCGAGUACUUGAAAGAGGUUGAGCAAACGACCAUGCCGAACCCGAACUACAUGGAGAACCAGAAGGAGCUGGCGUGGAAGAUGCGCGCCAUACUGAUGGACUGGCUUAUCCAGAUCCACUUCCGCUUCAGGCUGCUCCCCGAGACGCUCUUCCUCUGCUGCAACAUCAUCGACCGCUUCCUCUCGGCGCGCGUCGUCUCCGUCGCCAAGCUGCAGCUCGUCGGCAUUACCUGCCUCUUCAUCGCGGCCAAGACCGAGGAAAUUGUCUCCCCCUCCGUUGUCAACUUCCUCCGCUGCGCAGAUUCGUCGUACACCGAGCACGACAUCCUGCAGGCCGAGAAGUACGUGCUCAAGACCCUCGACUGGAACUUGAGCUACCCGAACCCGAUCCACUUCCUGCGGAGGGUGAGCAAGGCCGACGAUUAUGACGUCCAGGCCAGGACUAUCGGAAAGUACUUGAUGGAGAUCUCCAUCGUCGAGUGGAGGCUGCUCGCCGCUCCUCCGUCGCUGUUGGCGGCCGCCGCCGUGUGGCUGGCACGACUCAUCCUCUGUAGAGAUGAAUGGACGCCGAACUUGGCGCAUUACUCCUCCUAUCGCGAGAGUGAUAUCGUCCCGACCGCCGGGAUCAUGCUGAACUACGUGCUGAGGCCUAUCCGGCACCCCACAUUCUUCAAGAAGUAUGCCUCCAAGAAGUACUUGAAGGCAAGCACCUUCGUGCGAGCAUGGGCUCUUGAGCGAUGGCCUGAGGGCACCCAAGUCUCGCUGAAGGACGACUUGCCCGUCCUGAAGGCUGAGAUCCGGGCGUAUGAGGAGCGGGCCUUGGCCGGCGCAGAGAACGGGGUCGCUGAGGCGGAGUACGACGAGGUGGAAGAAGCGGAAGUAUAAAGCGAUAGAUCCAAGCCGAAGAAGAAGUCACCCCUACGUCUCCUCUUCCCACCGCCAGCGUUCCGCGAUACAUCACUACUCCCCCAGCCGCUAAACUCUUACCCCUAUUUAUUCUCUAAUCCAAUGAAUCAAUGUUCAAUGUCAAGUCGGUCCGAGGGAAGGCACAGUACGCAUUGUUAUAGUAUCAUCCUCCUUUCCCUUUUCCUGUCCGUGCCGCUGCAGUGUCGCUUCGCCCUGGACAAUCGUCUACGCACCUUGCAUUUGUUUUAUACGCACCUCAUAUGAAAUGUGUUCUACUCGUAUUCCUCCAGUUUCACUUUCGUGGAUCGCUCUGCCCCACUCAUUGGCUUGUACUCCGACGUCAACCUCGAGCUCUCGGUGUGGUUGAUGCUCAGUUGUGUCGUCGUCGCUCGUUCCCGUAUGCGUGAUGCUAAUCUAUGCAAUGCCUUCACAUGAAUCUUGUACCUACCAUUUCUC